AUGUUGGCCAUCACGAUUCUCUCAAUUGGUGUGUUGUUCAUUGACAAAAUUUUAAGUGAUUCACUCGGCGUUUUGUUGAAACUUCAAAACAAUACCCAGGCUUAUGAAAGUAUUAUUAUUUAUAUUUUAGGGACAAUGGAUGGCAAACCAGAGUUACAUCUUGAAAAGCCACAGUAUUCUCUUGGUGAGAAGUUGAAAGCAAAUUGUUCAUCUCCGCCCUCAAAUCCACCUGCAAAUAUCACUUGGUUCAUUAAUGAUAAAGGGCUGGGAAAUGGUCACAUAAUCAGAAUUCCGUCAGUUAGGCCAUCUGGUCAAUUAUUUAAGACUGUUUCRUCAAUUGAAUACGACGUUUUAAUUGCUGGUAAGCUGAAGGUGAAAUGCCAAAGCGACAUAUACCACGUAAUCUGGUCGGAAACUGAAGUAAUGCUGGACGAAGAUAAACCAAGACUGGCGUCUAUUCUACAACCACAUGGUCAUUCGGCAGGAUUAACUUCAACACCUUCAUUCAGCAUAAUCUUAUUGAUCACAUAUUUUGUGGUUAUAAGGUAACGAGUCCAACUUAAAAUGGGAAAAUAUUUCCACCUGUUACCAUGUAAAAUAUAGUGUAAAUUAUUAUAAUACGUUGAUAAAAUAUAAAAUGUCGGUCAAAAUAAACCCCYAAUAUUUAAAUGGGUUAUUUUGCUGAAAUGUAUGAUAAACUGUGAAGCUACAUUUCUGCCAUAAAUAACUAAAYAAUAUGUUUGUUACUAUCUAUGUAUAAAAUAAAAAUAAUAUUAUUAAAUUCUU